AUGGCUGCUUCUGAUGAACACCUUUCUUUUCUGAGCUGUGAGCUAAGAAUCAUCGAAGCCAAAAACCUCGAAUCCAUAUCAACAGGGAAGCUCUUCGUUAGAUGUUAUCUCUCGACAGGAAACAAUGAGAGGAUUCGGCUCAACAGUACCCGGGAGAUACCAUCAACGAGUCACCCUUACUGGAACGAGUCAGCCUCCUUGGAAUGCUCCACAGCCAAUCACUCCUGCUGUAUGGACGAACUGAAGCAACAAAGUGUGAUCUUCGAGCUUAGAUGGAGAAAAAACUCAACAAGGCUUGGGAGAUUCAGUGGGUCUAAGCUCUUGGGUAAAGCACAAGUCUCAUGGAAAGACGUGUUGGAAUCGGAAUCGGACGAGUUGGAGGUUCAGAGAUGGGUCAGUACAAUUCCAACUAGUAAUCUUGUUCUUGAGGGCCUGAAGCCACCUGCACUUCAUGUUGGGAUGAAGGUUAGAGUUCCAUGUAUGACAGAGUUGGUGAAGAGGAGGAGAGAUGUUGGGUUGAAAAGGUGGAAAGAUUGUGGUUGCAGACAUGGAAAUUGCUGUAAUAGUGGAGAUGAUGAUCUUUUUGCAUUGGUGGGAGCUAUUGAGGCUUUGUAG